CCACUCCAAUCCAAUAACCUAACCAUUCAAUAAAAUAAUUUGAGUUACAACUUCAAAACUCUUACAAAAACAACACAAUUCACAACAUAAACAUAAAUCCUUAUUUUUGCUAUUAUACCCUUUCCUUAACUCUCUUCUCCUCUCAUUUUAGUCAACUUUACCCACUUUACACCUACAUACGCUCCUCUCUCUCAUUUUCUCAAAAGAAGAAGAAUGACGGACAAAAAGGUGAAUCCGAUUGGCAACGCAUUGGGUCUGCUCCGUAUUCGGGUUAAACGUGGUAUUAAUCUCGCUGUUCGUGAUGUUAGCAGCAGUGAUCCUUAUGUUUUCGUUCGUCUUGGUAAACAGAAACUCAAGACUCGUAUUAUUAGGAAGUCUCUUAAUCCGGAGUGGAAUGAAGAUUUAACUCUCUGUGUUACAGACCCGAAUGAAUCAAUUAAAAUUUUUGUUUAUGAUCAUGACACAUUUUCCCUGGAUGACAAAAUGGGAGACGCAGAGUUCGAUAUCAGUCCAGUUUUAGAGGCAGUAAAGUUGAAUCUCGAAGGUGUUCCAGACGGAACUGUCAUCAAAAAGGUGAGGCCAGACAGGCAGAACUGCAUUGCAGAGGAGAGCUCCAUUGUCUGGAAAGAUGGCAAAGUUACUCAAAACAUGUUCCUAAGACUUCGGAAUGUCGAAUGUGGUGAAAUUGAGCUCCAGUUGCAUUGGAUUGAUCUUCCUAGUACUCAAUCUCUGUAAUUCCCGUAAUCUGAUCUAGUCCCGGUGGUCUUUUUGUAUAUAUAAAGUACAAUGCCUAAGCAUGUUGGAUAAUUAAAUCUCGUGUAUGAGAAUGUUCUGAAUCUAUUUCUAGCUGAUUAAGUUUUGUAUGUAAGAAUUUGAAAUUAUGUGAUAAGUUAUAAAAAUAAACAAUUAGUGAA